GAUGAAUCGAAAAUGCCACUUAUAUCAUUAUUUGCGACCUAAACAAACCUGCCAAUUACCCACUUUCCUGGCCACAAUUAGAUUCUCAAAAACAAGGGAGCCGUUUAUAUACAUCUCGUUGAGUCAGUUUUGAACAUUCGAAGCAGGGUCAGCGUGCUUUUUAAAUAGUGAAUAACGUAAAACUAUUAUUUAUAAUAAUAAAUGAACUUCUAGCUAUGAAAAGCAGAAGAAUUCUGCUAGUAAUCGUCAGCUUCGUUCUGGUUUGUGAGAUAAGAAACACCUUAGCGGCCAGAGGUCACGGCCAUGGGAGAGCAGGAAAACUUAGAGGAAGGGGACGUGAUUAUCAGAAGGUUCAAACGAUUACACAGCACAAAUCAUUAGCUUCAGAAAACUAUUAUCGUCAUAAAGAUGGUGCCAAAAUAAUAGAAGCAAGCCACUUCGAAUUGGAUUACCUUUUGGGUCGUAAAAUUUCAUUUUAUUGCAGUGCUCAAGGUAUACCUCGGCCCGAAAUAACAUGGUUCAAAGACGGAGUCGAACUGUAUGCACACAAGUUUUUUCAAGUUCAUGAAUGGACUGCAGGCAACGAUACAAUAAAAAGCAAAAUGGAAAUCGAUCCUACAACCCAACAAGACGCUGGUUAUUACGAGUGUCAGGCCAAUAAUCAAUAUUCGAUCGAUAUCCGUGGCUUUAGGACAGAUUUCGAACAAUAUUAUUAAAUGAUAACUAGUUUUAAUGGCAUGCAAAAGCAGAAGUAUUUAUUAAUAUUACAAUUUAUGUACCAAAAUAGCGUUUUCGUGUG